AUGACAUCUCCUCGACUCCAUCACAAGUCUCCCUUGUCGAGAUCAAGUCUCCACUAUCAGGACGCAACCUUCACCAGUGAUCCCGUGGAAGUCAUCGACAUCAUCAACAAGCAAGAAAUCAGAAACUUUCGUCUCGGGAUCUUCUUCAUCUUCAUUGCUAUCAGCACCUGGGUCAUCGGUCUAGAACUUGUCAAUUCCGUGCUCAAAGGCGACGAAUACAGGAAACCAUGGAUGUUCGCUGUGAUAACAGGAUCUUGUUUCACACUCAACUUGGUUCCCGAUGGAAUGCAAUUCCUCAUUAAAAUACUAAAGUCAGUGAAACAACUGCCAGAAACUGCAUCGUCUACCGAAGAAACGUCUCCGUUGAUUCUGCUGUCUUCUGCUGCGUAUAAUGAAGCGUCACGCUCGUUGGAAAAACUCAUGAAAGACGAGAUGGAGAAGAACGCUACUGUUGAGUUGACUGCUCGAGAAGUAGCCCAAUUGUCGCUUGAAAUGGCUGUUAUCUACUUUCUCUAUAACAUUUUUGUCAUGCAAGCCUUACAAUUCACGUCUGCUUCCAACCAGACGGUUUUGGGCUCAACUACUUCUAUCUUCACUCUAUUCAUAGGUGCCUACCUUCAGAUCGACAAAUUCACCAUCAAGAAAACCGUUUGUGUCUGUGUCAGUUGUCUAGGCGUGUUCCUCGUAAACUAUAGCGAAUCUUCCAAAGAGUCAGACGGAGGAAACAAGUUCGUACCCAAGAAUCCACGAUUGGGUAACACUUUUGCUAUCUGUGGAGCUUUGAUGUAUGCCUUCUACCUUCUAGUAAUGAAAGUGAAGUGCGGAACAGGAAAUAAGUCUACCAACGAAAGAAAGCUCUUUGGCUACGUUGGUGUCAUGACGUUUUUGCUUGGAAUUCCGCUUCUUUUUGCCGUAGACUAUCUUGGAAUCGAGAAGUUCGAGCCGGUCCCUCCAAGCAAAUCGAUCUUGUUCGCUGUUAUUAUCAAUGGAGUCUUUUCAGUGAUUUCUGAUUACGUUACCAUUCUUGCCAUGCUCUUGACAAGUCCGUUGGUGACGUCGUUGUCGUUGACCUCUGCUCUACCCAUCACAAUCUGUGUCGAUUAUAUUAUCUUGUUGAUCCAUAAUAACGGAGAAAAGGCUCCGUCCAAAGGGUUUCUGUAUUUCUUGGGAAUAUCCAGUAUUCUUCUCUCUGUGAUUCUCAUCAACAUCAACAUCACU